GGAGACGCAGUGACGUUUCCAACUGGAGGCUCCUGCGCUGCGGACGGAGAGAGAGAAACGACCAGAGAGGAGGGAGGAGGCUCAUCGCUCCGUGCAGCACUCGGUAGCAUCAUGGCACCUAUCGGAUUAAAGGCGGUGGUCGGAGAAAAGAUUAUGAACGAUGUUAUCAAGAAGGUGAAGAAGAAGGGAGAAUGGAAGGCUCUGAUUGUGGACCAGCUGAGCAUGAGGAUGUUGUCUUCCUGUUGCAAGAUGACAGACAUCAUGACGGAGGGCAUUACCAUUGUGGAGGACAUAAACAAGCGUCGAGAGCCACUUCCCAGCCUGGAGGCCAUUUAUCUGAUUACACCAACAGAGAAGUCGGUCCACACACUCAUUUCGGACUUCAAAGACCCUCAUUCAGCUAAAUACAAGGCAGCCCAUGUUUUCUUUACGGACUCCUGCCCUGAUCCGCUCUUCAAUGAGCUGGUUAAGAGCCGGACCUCUAAAGUCACCAAGACUCUGACAGAAAUCAACAUCGCCUUCUUGCCCUACGAGUCUCAGGUGUACUCUCUGGACAACCCAGAUGCCUUCCACAGUUUCUACAGCCCUCACAAGGCCCAGCUGAAGAACCCAGUAAUGGAGAGGCUGGCCGAACAGCUGGCCACGCUCUGCGCCACCCUGAAGGAGUACCCGGCUGUCAGAUACCGAGGGGAGUACAAGGACAAUGCCACCCUUGCCCAGCUGGUUCAGGACAAACUGGACGCCUAUAAGGCUGAUGACCCCACCAUGGGAGAGGGUCCUGAUAAGGCCCGCUCACAGCUGAUCAUCCUGGACCGAGGUUUCGACCCGGUGUCCCCCGUCCUACACGAGCUCACCUUCCAGGCCAUGGGCUACGACCUGCUGCCCAUCGAAAACGACGUCUACAAAUAUGAGACCAGUGGUAUCGGAGACUCACGCGUCAAGGAGGUUCUUCUGCAUGAAGACGAUGACCUGUGGGUGAGCCUGAGACACAAACACAUAGCCGAGGUGUCCCAGGAAGUCACACGUCAGCUAAAGGACUUUUCUGCCAGCAAGAGGAUGAACACUGGUGAGAAGACCACGAUGAGGGAUUUGUCCCAGAUGCUGAAGAAGAUGCCACAGUACCAGAAGGAGCUCAGCAAGUACUCCACUCACCUGCAGCUUGCUGAGGACUGCAUGAAGCACUACCAGGGAACAGUGGACAAGCUGUGCCGCGUGGAACAGGAUUUGGCUAUGGGCACCGAUGCUGAAGGGGAGAAGAUCAAAGACCCAAUGAGGGCCAUCGUUCCCAUUCUGCUGGAUGCCAACGUCAGCACAUAUGAUAAGAUCCGUAUCAUCCUGCUGUACAUCUUCCUCAAGAACGGUAUUACAGAGGAGAACCUGAACAAGCUGAUCCAACAUGCUCAGAUUCCCCCUGAGGACAGUGAGAUCAUCACCAACAUGGCUCACCUGGGGGUCCCCAUCGUCACAGAUUCCACCCUUCGCAGAGGAAAGAAGAUGGACAGGAAGGAGCGUGUGAGUGAGCAGACCUAUCAGCUUUCUCGCUGGACUCCCCUGAUCAAGGACAUCAUGGAGGACGCCAUCGAUGAUAAACUGGACACUAAACACUACCCUUACAUCUCCACCCGCUCCUCUGCUUCCUUCAGCACCACUGCAGUCAGUGCUCGAUACGGACACUGGCACAAGAACAAGACACCUGGAGAGUACCGCACUGGUCCGCGAGUUAUGGUCUUCAUCAUUGGAGGCGUGUCUUUCAGCGAGAUGCGUUGUGCCUAUGAGGUCACACAGGCCAACGGGAAGUGGGAAGCUGUCAUUGGUUCCACCCACUUGCUCACCCCAACCAAAUUCUUAUCGGACCUGCAGCACCCCGACUUCCGAGAGUCCACUAGGGUGUCCUUUGAGGACGCACAGCCCUCAGACGAGUGAGGCAGAGACAGAUUGGGAGGGAGGGAGACAGAAAUCACACAGAACAAAGAUCGACCCACAUCUUCACUCCCACCUGCCUGCUGGAGCAGCUCAAGGCCAUGAACAAACCAGACGAGGAAGUGACGAGCUAAAGUCCUUCAGUCAAAUUCUGCUCUUCAUACCUUCAUCCCUCUUAACCCCGUCCCUGCCCUGUUACCUCCACAUCUUCCCCAGCCAAAUCCUAUCCAUCAACUCUGUAUGCAUAUUGCUUGAGAAAAAAAAAGACAUCUUAGAUGAUAAAAAAAAAAGCUAUAUCAAAGAAUUAAACUGUUGCAAGUAUUCUUGUGUUUUACAAUGGAUGCAACUAUCAAAAUUUAUUUAAAAAGAUAAAUAUGAGAAGGCCACAUAAAAUGCAAAGCACCAAAAUGACAUUGUAUGCUAUGAUUAUAAACCCUGCUAGAAUGUGUAAACAAUAUUUUUUCCUUUGUUCCUUUGGCUUACCUCCUAGGUGUGAGUUUUAUUGUUGGGCAGAUCGUAGGGGGAUGUGCACUUUGAAAGAUUCAUUUUAUAAAAUAUAUAUCAUGCAAUAUAUGUAUACAUAUUUCACAGAGAGGAGCACUAUCCGCCCGUAUGAGAUGUUUGUAUUCAGUAGCAUGCUUGGACUUGUGAGGACUGUUCUGUGUUUGUGUAAAAUCCGGGUGGUUUGAGUGCAGAAGAUUUAUUUAGCUUAUUGUCUUGAGGUUGAAUACCACACCAAAAACUUUUACUUUGAGUAUCAAACAUUUUCAAACAUGCUUGGUAACUAAAUUAUGUACAAACUUUCCUCCCUUUUUAAACUUAUCUCCUAACUGAAUGCAUUAUUUUCUAUCAGGUUUAGCGUAUCUGCUGACGUACUGAUAGUUUCAUAAGCCUAUAAGCCAAGGGAAACCAUUCUUCAGGAGAUACUGUUUAAAAAAGGAAAUUAUUGUUUUGAAAACAUAUUCAAAUUUAAAUCAUCUGUUUUUAUUUUGACAUCCUAGAUACAUUAGUAGGUGAUCACUGUGCUUUUUAAAAUUAGCUUCUUUGCCAAUAAGUGUUAGCAAAAAAUGCUGAUUUAAAAAAAAAAA